AUGGCUAAUGCUGAGCUUCAAGCAGAGCUAGAAGAGCUAAGAGCUAAAAAUGCAAUUUUACAGUCGGAUCUUCAAAAAGCACGGCUAGAACCUAAACAGGAAAGUUCAAAUGACCAAGUCUGCAGAGUAUCGGUUAAACUUCCGCCGUUUUGGACUGAUAGACCAACUAUAUGGUUCGCGCAAGUCGAAGCUCAGUUCCAUCUUGCCGGCAUUACUACAGAUAUGACUAAAUUUAGCCACGUUAUUGGGGCUAUCGAUCAAAGAGUAAUAGGUGAAAUUGAAGAUAUUGUCAUGAACCCUCCGGAAGAAAACAAAUACCUGAAGCUUAAAGAAGAGCUAAUACGGCGUCUUUCAACAUCAGAGGAACAACGUGUGCGACGCCUUCUCAGUGACGAGGAACUGGGAGAUAGGAAGCCCUCGACAUUUUUACGACACUUAAAAUCUCUUGCUGGAUCAACCCUCAAAGACGAAGGGCUUUUACGACAAUUAUGGCUUCGUCGGCUGCCCAACCAGGUACAAGCAAUUCUAGCAGCACAGGCCGAUCUUAGCUUGGACAAAUUGGCAGAUCUGGCCGAUAGAAUUACAGAAGUCACUCCUGGACCUGCUAACGUCUUCGCAGUCAAUAGUGCACCAACACUUUUAAGCUCACUCGUGGAAUGCGUGGAAAACUUGACAAAACAAGUUGCAGCAUUAACGGUGCAACAACGUGACACCUCACGAUCCCGUUCCACUUCCAGAAACCGAAGACGAGAAGAGAAUUCAAGAGCAAACACACCUAAAUACUGUUGGUAUCACAGGACUUUUAGACAGAAAGCUUCAAAAUGCACCGCUCCGUGCAAUUGGGCAGCGGAAAACGCAACCAGCAAUCAGUAA